AUGCUCCAUGCAGAGUCAGAUGUCAUCCGAGCGGUUCAGCAGCUGAUGUUGACUACGGAUGUCGCUCAAGGAUUUUGCGGAAAUUGUCGCCACCUACUCGAACAUUGGCCGGAUCUAUCCACUAAAGGCUGGGCUCGCACCGUUGGAAGGGCCCUCGAUACUAAGGAGAUCGAAGCAGCAACCCGAAAUGGAUGCAAGUUUUGCGAAUUCAUGCUUUGUCGCCUUAGGGAGACUGAACACCUUGAUAUAUUCCGCAAACUUGAGUCACGACUUCGGACCCUUGGGUACAGCAGUACAGCUUCACUGUCUAUCCAGAGCGUGUGGCUUAACGACUCGUUAACGUUGUGGAUGAACUUUCCGGGCAAGAUAGCCAGCCAUUGCAAUGAUUAUGGGGCUAGGAUCAAGAUUGAAUCACGUGUAAUAUCACCAAUAAGGAAGGCAAAAGAUGUCCUUAUUACAGUAUUCACGGCUAACAAAUCGUUAGAACAACUGUGGCGAGAAAACCUCGACUACUUCGAUCUUGCGAAGACCUGGAUAGACCAGUGCUCUACAUCCCACAAAUGGUGUGGCAGUGAAAAGAGCUAUGCACGGCCAACCAGGCUGAUUUCAAUCGAGGACAAAAGCAUAAAGCUAAUCCUGACUGAUCGGGAAAAGUGGGAAACUACGCCCCGAUACGCAACCCUGAGUUACUGCUGGGGCAGGGGGGAAUUUACGAAGCUCACGCCCGAGAAUCUACAUUCUUUCCUCGCAAAUAUCCCGCUGGAAGGCCUCCCCAAAACUUUCCAAGAUGCCGUUUACAUCACACGCAAGCUGGGUCUCAAAUAUCUCUGGAUCGACGCCCUGUGCAUCAUACAAGACCUGUCAGAUGACGCCGACUGGUUGCGAGAAGCCGCUCUCAUGUGCUCGGUCUACGGCGGGUCCCACGUUAACCUGGCUGCCACCCACGCCACCAGCGUCCAUGGCGGCUGCUUCCUAAAACAGGAGCACCACGUUGGAGGCUUCUGCGCCCCGGUGACUCUCACCACGGCGAGCACCGGUGACCAUUCAAUGGUGCGCAACUUUUACUUCCAGAUGGUCUACGAGAUCUCGGUCACUGAGACGCACCUGGCCGGUCGCGCCUGGGCGCUGCAGGAAAGACUUCUAGCGCCGCGCACGCUGUCCUUUGGGGAGGAGGGCAUGUUCUGGGAGUGCAGGAGCAACACUGCAUCAGAGUUUCUGCCAGAUGGCUUUCGGGGGAAGAUAGGUCCGAAACUAGUGCGACCCGAGAAUUCGGCUUGGAGCUGGAGCGAGAUUGUGAGCCAUUACUCCAACGCCGCCUUGACAUUUGGGACCGACCGACUGCCUGCACUAUCCGGGAUUGCUACACGGCAACGUGAGAUCACUGGGGACGACUAUUUGGCAGGUAUGUGGCGGAGAGAUCUGGUCACGCAGCUUCUUUGGGUGGUGCGCAAUCCGCAGAAGAGAAAGGAAAGACCGAAGCAAUGGAGGGCGCCCUCGUGGUCGUGGAUAUCCGUCGAUGGGCCGACAUACUCCUAUCCCGGCUCGGUCGAUGAGUUGAAACAGAAGCAGAAGGAGUAUAUAUACGUGUUAGAGGCGUGGACUACACCAGCAGGCCCCGAUCCGUGCGGCCAAGUCGACGGCGGAGAACUAUCCGUUGGAUGCUCCGCCCUAGUUCAUGCGCGUGUUCAGCGGCUUCCUGAACCUCCUAGGAAAGUGUCGGGACCUCGAGUGCUUCUCGAAACUGGAACGCUACCUGUCACGAUCUCCGUGGACUGCCUCGACGAUGAAGCCUCUCUCCCGGACGACGGAAUCGUGUACCUACUGCCUCGAUGCGGUGAUCGUAAGGGCCAUUUUCGCCGGAUUGGGUCCGUUGAUCUCUGUUAUGACCCGUUUCCAGACGAGAGGCUCGAGGCUGAGAAGAAUCGCUACUAUCAUGAGCUUAUGGCGGUUAUCGAUAGAGUAGGCGCGGUGACGGCUGAAGCGGAGGCUGCUAAGGUUGUGUCGAAUCCUGACUUCCCUGAGGCACGGUACGUUAUUACGAUAGAGUGA